GAGUGUUUUUUUUCUUCUUUUUUUUUUUUUUUUUUUUUUUUGAGUGUUGUGUGCGGCAAAAAAGGAAAAAAGUUACUGUCGAGCCAAGUAGUUCAGGCGCUCUGCAGAGAGGAGUGGGGAGAAACGAAGGAAAAAAGUUGCUUUUGUUGCUAACGAGCUUUUGCUGCCUUGAUGUGACUACGGGCAAGCGACUGCAGAGAGGGCCGGCGUGCGAGUGCCGGCAGCGCGGCUUCCCGCCUCCUCACGCCAGCAGGCUUGCGAGCGGUCGGCGGUUCCGCUCCCCGCGGCCCCCUCGGAGGCGGCUGGAGCCGCGCCGCUCCGCUCCCUUUGCCCGCAGCAGCGUGUCAGGGGUUCUGCCGUCCCGGGCCCGCACGGGAUGCGCGGGGGCGGCUCCCGGCGGCCUCCUCCGCCGGUUGCCAUGGUGCCACGGCCGGGCGUGCUAUGGGCAGUGGCUGCGACGGCACUGGCGCUGCUGGUCCGGCGGGCGGCGGCGGCGCUGGCGGGGCCGGUGGUCCGCUGUGAGCCUUGUGACGAGCGGGCGCUGCAGCAGUGCAAGCCCCUGCAGCCCGACUGUGCCGAACGGGUGCGGGAGCCGGGCUGCGGCUGCUGCCUCACCUGCGCCCUGCGCCUGGGGCAACCCUGCGGCAUCUACACGGAGCGCUGCGGCGCAGGGCUCAGCUGCCAGCCGCGGCGGGAAGAGGCGCGGCCGCUGCAGGCGCUGCUCGAGGGCCGCGGGCUCUGCACCAACGCUACGGCGGGCAGCAAGCUGCGGGCCUUCCUGCUGCCGGGACCGCACGCUGCAGGAAAUUUCAGUGAUUCAGAAGAAGACAAGAGUACCAGCAGCAUAGAAAAUCAGGCCAUUCCAAACUCUCACAGGGUGCCAGAUUCCAAGUCACAUCCACCACACAUCAAAAUAGGUAUCAUCAGAAAAGUGCAAGCCAAAGAUACACAACGCUAUAAAGUCGAAUAUGAUUCGCAGAGUACAGAUACAUUGAAUUUCUCUUCUGAAUCCAAACAAGAGACUGAAUAUGGUCCAUGUCGUAGAGAAAUGGAAGACACUUUAAACCACCUAAAGAUCCUGAAUGUCUUGAGUCCCAGGGGCUUUCAUAUCCCAAAUUGUGACAAGAAGGGAUUCUACAAGAAAAAGCAAUGUCGCCCAUCCAAAGGCCGAAAAAGAGGUUAUUGCUGGUGCGUGGAUAAAUAUGGACAGCCACUUCCUGGGUAUGAUGGGAAGGGAAAAGGAGAUGCCCACUGCUAUAACUUGGAAAGCAAAUGAGGGCUGGGUGCCAGCUCUUCUGGCAUCUGUGCAUGGCCACUGGACCUCACAGAGACCUUGGAGAGGCUGGACAAACACUGUGGGACUGCAGUGUGUGUGGAGUAACAAGCUCUGCCUCCUGCAGCAGGUGGGGAGUUGCAGCCUCUGUGGAUGCUGCUGCAGUUUCACCCUGCCACCGACACACAUUGAGCUUCCUAUGGAAUGUGUAGGGAGCUCUGAAUUCCCGUGUAAACCUGCACUAUUGAUACCCAGACAGAAAAAAACAAAAGGCACUUCAGAAUGGAAUCAGGGAAUCUCCACUGACUUUUUAAAGAAUGGCCUGUGACCAAUUUGAUCCCAAAAGAUACUGGCUUUUUUAUUUUAAAGAAUUUAUAGACGUUAAGCUUGUAAAAGUAUUAAAAAUAAAAACAAAACGAAAAAACCCACAAGGAUGUAAAGGUAAAGCUUUUUUUACAGGUCUGAUGGGAAACUUGUCGUCACGGGUAAAACGUUUUUUAUAAAAAACUCAAAGAACUUUUUAAAGAAAUGUAUUUCUAAGAUAAAGACAUGGCUAUUUUUUCUGUAAAAUAUAUUAUGAAUAUUCUGUUAGUCUGUAUUUAAUAUAAUUGUUUUUUAAUAAACUUUAUUUAAAUAUAACGUGAAUACCAAAUAUUACACAGUAAUUCUAGUGUAUACAUCUGUAUGCAAAAAGAAAGUAAGGUUAUGGAAUGAUUUACAAAUACAUUUAAGUCUCUGUGCAUACACAUGACCUGUUCUAGGUAAGAGAAAUAAAUUUUUGGAGGAAAAGAACUGUUUCCAGAAGGGAUUGAGUUUAUAACUUGAUAUACCUACAAAUGCCAAGAUAAUAUUUUUUUUAAAUUAUUUUAUUGAUAAUUCUAAUGUACCCAUCACUAAAUUAUGCCACUGGAAAGGAUAACAGUUGCACUGAAGCUCUUGGUAAAGCUUUCUUCUGUCUGUAUGUUGCUUCAGUUUGUGCAACAGGGCUUGCAUUUCCUCCAUUUACUGCUCACACUAAUACAGAAUAUUCAUGGACAAAAAAUUGCCAUUACAGUACUACUCUUUGUAUUUGCUUAUUUAUUUUGAAAAGGUGUAUCUAUUCUGUGUUGUCUUGGUACAUUCUACCAAAGCACUUACUCUGUAUGAGGAACUCCUGUUGAAAACAAUGUCAACAAGAUGGGGGGAUUGAGACCCAUGUGUUUCAUUUAUGCAACACACAAUUGUUGCUUGCUUUGACUAUGGUAGAAAUCAUUCACCUGCAUUUAAGGAUAGAAAAACAACCAUUGGGUUUAAAUAGUUAAAUUCACUUUCUGCCAUGGUGUUAUGUUUAAUUGGAAGAGAAGUGAUUUUGUUUUGUUGUUGUAUGUGAUGCUUUCACAUAAGGAAGGCUUUGGCAACAUUUUAUUUUUUGAGGCUGAUUGUUUAAUGUACUUUGUGAAAAAUUCAGUAUGACAAUGAAAUCUGCAUAAGGAAAGGUGGCCUAUGAAAUGUAUCAUCUCUCUGGAAAAGAAUGCCGUAUUUUGUAGAUGUAUUUAUUUAUAUAUUUUAUAUAAAUAUUUUUUAUAUUUAUAUAAGUAUAUAUUCUUAUAUCUCUCACUA